CGACAUAAUUGCUGCGGUGAUGCUUCAUUCAAUCUGAUAAUUGCUUUUCUACAGAUCAAUAACCACAAAGCUUGAUGUAUAGGACAAGAACCAGAUAGGAAUAGAUGAAGUAUCGGUAGCGCAGAUCUGUCGUCUGUCUGUUAGCUUUUUUCACUGGAAUAAUUUAUAAUAGGACGGAAGUCAGAAGUUGGAGUUUCUCAGCAACGUUUCUCGAACAAAAUCAAACCUACUAUUGAUAGGUUGUUAUCGAAUUGUUUUGUUUCGAAUUUAAGCGUGCUUCGGAAGUACAUUAGAAGCAAACGAUUGACAAUGUCGGACGAUGGGCUCUGGGAAAAGCCGUCCUGGGCCAGGGGAGGAUUGAAACUCAAAAAAACGGGGAGAGCCGAUACCAUGAAGAGCAGUGGAAAUCUGGCGGCACCAAUUACCUUCACCCCAUUCAAAAAUACGGAUCAUUCAAACAAAGUUGCCAAUCAACAAAUGCUGAAACGGUCAGAGGUUGGAGAGGCGGUGAAGAGUGGCGAAGAUCUUGCGGCCCCGAUCACGUUCACUCCAUACAAAAACGAAGACAAUACGAACUACGUCGCGAACCAAGAAAUACUUCGCCAAUCCGAGGUCGGCCUAGCUGCAAAGAGCGGUGAAGAUCUCGCGGCCCCGAUCACGUUCACUCCAUACAAAAGCGAGGAUCAUACCAAUUAUGUUGCCAACCAAGGGAAACUGAAGCGAUCCGAGGUAGGCGAUGCUGUGAAAAGUGGCGAGGAUCUUGCCGCACCCAUCACAUUCACUCCCUACAAGAAUGAGGAUCAUUCCAAUUAUGUUGCCAACCAAGAACGGUUGCGACGAUCUGAGGUAGGCGAGGCGGCGAAAAGUGGCGAGGAUCUAGCCGCACCCAUCACAUUCACUCCCUUCAAAAAUGAGGAUCAUUCCAACUAUGUUGCCAACCAAGGACGGCUGCGACGAUCCGAGAUAGGCGAGGCUGUGAAAAGUGGCGAGGAUCUAGCUGCACCCAUCACAUUCACUCCCUUCAAGAACAAAGAUCAUUCCAAUUAUGUUGCCAACCAAGGACGGCUGCGACGAUCCGAGGUAGGCGAUGCUGCCAAAAGCGGCGAAGAUCUUGCGGCUCCUAUUACAUUUACCCCUUACAAGAACGAAGAUCAUUCCAACAAGGUUGCCAACCCGAACAUUCUAGUUGCUACCGAGAAAGGCAAACAGAUGAAGACAGCCGGGAAUCUGGCCAAACCCAUCACCCACAUUCGCGAUGCAAUGAAAAAUGUUUCAAUGUGAGACUCAGCGAAAAAAUCGUUUCGAGCUCGUACUAGUUGUUUGGUAUACGUACUGUACACCAAGCUUUCACGCAGCAACGAUGCUUCCCAAUUUUUGGUAUACGUACUGCACACGAUGGUUCCCAAUUUUAGAGUAUUAAAGAUAUAGAAUAUUUGUCGAAAAAUUUCCCGAACAGAAUGGUCGCAGGAGGACCAGAAUGAAUGGAAUGGUAAAAAUACAAUUUACUUGGUUCGCAUUGGAUGACAAAGAUUGGAAUUCAAUUGCCAAUAGCUAAAUAGGUGCACAGCAUCCACGGUUGUCUGGUAGAAGUAUUAAAAAAGAAUUGUUUUA